GAUUGCCCGUGGGUGGUUAUAGUCUUAGAGAAACAACAAUGUUUCCUGCAACGUCGUGACAAAAUACUCACUAAUACUUGAGUAACACGUUGGUCUUGUAUACAGAACAUCCGAGAAACAUUUUUGGCACAACAAGGCUAAAGUUAUAGGCCGUUCUAUCAAACGCAUUUGCACUUGUAUUCUGAUGUAUUGAAGAGAAUUAUUAAUUACCUAGUUGAUAGCCAACGGCGCAAAACCGGCAUUUCGGUCGCUCAAAGCAGAGUUGGGUUUCGAGAGAGGAAGUUAUUACAUGGUACAAAGAAGUCAGCUUUUCUUUUGAUUCUCUCCUGUCGUGGAUAAUGGCAUCUAUUAAAGAAUGAAAGGCCCGAAAAGCAAAAAGAUGACAAGUGAUAGAAAGAUCAAUCGAAGUCCUAUUCCUAUGAUUGUCACUAUCGCUCCAGGUGACCGUGAUUAUACCCGCACAGCAAAGCCGGAAUGCAACCAUUGUGGUGGUGAGGUACCUGAUGCUCGACAUGUCCUACAUGUUGACUAUGAUAAAACAACAACCUUGAAUAAUCCUUCAACAUCUGAGAGCUCUUUGGCCCUUAUGCAACCAUCAACCUGUGGGUGUGGUCACAAUGAAAAUGCCCACAGUCAUCGUCGGUCUCCACAUUUUAAAAAGGAUCAGGGAGACAGGGAGCACAGAGAUGGUAACCAUCAUGAUAACCACCAUUCAUUUGGUCACACAUGUACCAAACAUUCAUGCAGUCAUUCCAAUGGAGACCAUGAAUGUUGCUCUGAUCACUCCCGAUGCUGUCACAGUACAACUGGUGAUCAUCAUCGUCAUCAUUUCCAUCGCUCAGCUAUGCCAGCACAACCACCACCAUUAUUGUUACGACCAACAAGUGGAGCUGACCCAACUAAUCAACAUCAGUUUUUACUCGCCAGGGAGUGGCAGUCAAUACAUGGACAAAGAUUGGACGUUCCUGUUGUUAAUGGGGUUGGUUAUGCCGUCUACGGUUGCCAGCAUCCACUAUAUAUUCAUGGUGUAUGUCAGUGGCCUGGUUGUGACACGUUCUGUGAGUCAUUUCAACUGUUUAUGCACCAUCUUAAUUCUGAGCAUCCUCUUGAUGAUCGCAGUACAGCCCAAGCAAGGGUUCAAAUGCAGAUGGUUUCACAUUUAGAGGGACAGGUGAACCGAGAAAGAGACAGAUUAUCGGCAAUGAUGAAACACUUACACACGCAGAAGAGCACCAUAUCUAGCCCAGCUCCUCCUACGAGGCAAGACAGCCCACCGCUUCACAGUAUCCCUGUUACUAAACCCCCUUCUGUAAGCAAACACAAUGACCUCACCUCAACGGACCUUCUACCCCAAGGUCCACCUAAUGUCAUGGUAUGCCGAGAGACUUCUGUCAUCUCCGCCCCAGUUCCUGUCACGAAAUCGCGGUCAACAUCGAGCAGGAGUAUGGAAACUAACGAGGAACCAGUGAACGAUGUUGAAGAAAAGGAUAAAGAGUCUUUAAACACAAGUCGUGGAAGUUAUAAAAGAUCCGCUCAGACGUCGCCCGUCUCUGUUGCACAAGAUAUGCAGCAGUCCGCAGACUUUUAUCAAAAGACAGACGUUCGUCCACCAUUUACGUACGCCUCACUCAUCAGACAGGCUAUUUUGGAUGCCCCAGAUGAACAACUAACGCUGAACGAAAUCUACAAUUGGUUUACGAAUAAUUUUGCUUAUUUCCGAAGAAACACUGCAACAUGGAAGAACGCAGUGCGGCACAAUCUAUCUCUUCACAAAUGUUUCGUACGAAAGGAGAACGUCAAAGGAGCGGUUUGGACUGUGGAUGAGGAGGAAUAUCGGAAAAGAAGACCACAAAAAGUCUUAAGCAAUCAGGUUAAACAAGACACUCCAGACAAUAACGAGAGCUCGGUGAUGUUUCGUGAUACGUGUAUUUCUGAACUCCCGACCCAGGCUACAUUUGAAGUUGCCACGCGAACUGUCAUACAAGUUCCCGACCUCAAUUCCGAAAACCGAGAUGAUGCCGAUGGUGAUUCUGACGAACCACCAAUAAAACGAGUGUAUACAGAAAAUACCGGAAAUGGCUCGUCUGGAAUUUCAAAACUAGUUGAAUUUUGUUCAAAAGAUAUAAACAGUCAACUUUCCCAUACUAAUGUCCAAGUCAAACUUGAACCACAAGAUGAAGGCGAACUUGAUUUACCAGAACUUACCUAGAAAGUGAAAAACGUAAUUGGUGCUCGCUCGAAACACGGAGAAACUCAAAGAUUCCGAAAAUUUUUACAGAAAGCAGCGCUGCUCUAUAUUUAUUAACCAUACUGCAAUUGUAUUCAUGAUUUCUACUAUUUAAAAUUCUUAUUUUUUAGACAUUUUGAACACUAGAUGGUAGAGCAAGGUGUAGACAUUGUAUAAAUUAAUUUAAACAUACGCAGAGAAUCUAUAAUUAUAGUAAAUAUAAUGUUGAUUAGAUAAAUG